UCCGUGCUGUUGGGCCCCUCCUCCAGCUUCAGCGGGACACACCGCAGGACUCAGUACAAAGUCCGAGUCACUCGCUGCACACACGAGGAGCGACACAACAAGCCCCCGACGACCUGCAACCCGCCCAAGAAAACCGAGAGAAACCAUGGAUUUUAUGGAGAACAAACUCUCGUAUUAAAUCUUUACAAGCAGGGCGGUGAUCCAAGACAGGUGUCGGAGCGUGUCGCGGUCAUCUGAUAAUAAUUUGUGCGCUCUUGUAUUGUGGUUCCUGCGCGAGUCGUGCGAAGACCGAGUGUCAGUCCCAAGAAACGCAAAGCUCUGUUGCAAUAACACCAGCUGUUAUUCACGCUUCGUUUACCGAGUCAUACUACAAGAGGAAAUUGCAGCGUAAGUUUGCACAGCGCUUGCUUUGAAGUAGGUUGUAGCUGUAAUUAAUUUAUAGGCACCACGUGAGUGGGAUGAAACGACCAUUAAGUGGGCACACCCGCUGGAUAUGAUACCUAACACACUCAGAAACUUCAGCCAGAGCAUCGGACCUCUUUGACUCCCGGUGCAGCGCCUGGGACUGGCGUUAAAUCUCACUGAAUGACUGUAGCGCUGAAGAGCCGCGCGCGCUUCUGCAGAAAGGACGCACCACUACAGAAGACCCUGUCAGAAUGAUGUUGUUUUUAAUCUGAGUGCAUUGGACUUCAUGCGUUUUUAGUUGCAGACUGUUUGAUUUUAACUUCUUUGGUUACACUUCUGAAGAGUUUUAGCUGCUAUCACCGAUCGAGAUGAGAAUGAUGGCAGUAUUAUGGGAUGACCCGUUCACGUUGCUCUGGAGACGGACUGUAAUUUAUUCUCUUCUGGUGCUCUUGAUGAGUGGAGCGCGCACCUUUGGAGAUGAAACCUUUAAUGGAGAGUCAUGGCUGCGGCAGUACGGCUACCUCCCGCAGGCCAGCAAGCAGAUGUCCACCAUGCGCUCGGCUCAAAUCCUGUCGAACGCCAUCAGCGACAUGCAGCGCUUUUAUGGGCUGGAGAUCACUGGAGUGUUGGACCCCGCCACCAUCGAAUCCAUGAAGAGACCCCGCUGUGGUGUCCCAGACAAGUUUGGGGGUCAGAUCAAGACCAAUGUACGACGGAAACGUUAUGCACUCACUGGCCAUAAGUGGGACAAGAACCACAUAACUUUCAGUAUUCAGAACUACACGCCCAAGAUCGGGGAGUACAACUCAUAUGAGGCCAUCCGACGGGCCUUCAAAGUGUGGGAGAAAGUGACGCCGCUGACGUUUGAUGAGAUCCCUUUCCAUGAGGUCAAAUACGGUCGUCGGAAGGAACCUGAUAUUAUGAUCUUCUUCGCGUCUGGUUUUCAUGGUGACAGUUCCCCGUUUGACGGAGAGGGGGGCUUUCUGGCACAUGCUUACUUCCCUGGUCCCGGGAUGGGUGGAGAUACUCACUUUGACUCAGACGAGCCUUGGACCAUUGGUUCAGAAAACCUACAAGGCAAUGAUCUGUUCCUGGUAGCCGUACAUGAGCUGGGCCAUGCCCUUGGACUGGAACACUCCAAUAAUCCUUUGGCUAUUAUGGCUCCUUUCUACCAGUGGAUGGACACCGAGAACUUUGAGCUGCCUGAAGAUGAUCUCCGUGGGGUCCAGCAGAUUUACGGACCCCCUAGCAGUUCUCCGACUCAGGCUCUCCCCACUGUGACCCCCCGGCGACCAGCCCCUCCAGACCCCAGGGCACCCCAUCCUCCUAAGAACCCUCCCGGAGCGCCCCCUCGCCGGCCGGACAGGCCUCGCACCACCGAUCGUCCAGAUCACUACGGCCCCAACAUCUGCGAGGGCAAUUUUGACACAGUCACCAUGCUCAGGGGAGAAAUGUUUGUUUUUAAGGGCCGCUGGUUCUGGAGAGUGAGGAGGAACAGAGUGCUGGAUAACUACCCAAUGCCUAUUGGACACUUCUGGAGGGGUCUGCCGGGAGACAUUGAUGCUGCAUAUGAAAGGCAUGAUGGGCGAUUUGUGUUUUUCAAAGGGAAUCAGUAUUGGUUGUUCAGAGAAGCUAACCUGGAGCCCGGCUAUCCUCAAGAACUGAUGGACUAUGGUAGAGACAUCCCGUAUGACAAGAUAGAGACGGCCAUCUGGUGGGAACCUUCUGGCUUCACUUACUUCUUCAAAGGAGACUGGUACUGGCGCUUUAAUGAGCACUCCAGAGCAGCAGAUCAGGACUACCCUAAACCAAUCAGUGUGUGGGGCACUUCUGUGCCGUCUUCUCCCAAGGGGGCCUUCCUCAGCGAUGAUGGAGCUUAUACGUACUUCUACAAGGGUACAAAGUACUGGAAAUUUGACAACCACAGAAUGAAGAGCGAGCCGGGCUACCCAAAGUCCAUUCUUAGAGACUUCAUGGGCUGUAACGUGGACCUCAAUCCUGACAGAGACACUGAUGUGGAUCCGGGACGCAAGUGGCCUGACAGGCCCCCCUUCAACCCAGACGCUGGCCGAGACAAAGACAAAGACAAGGACAAGGACAAGGAAAAGGACAAAGACAGAGACAACACCAAUGAUGUUGACUCUAAAGAGGAGACUGAAGAGAAAACGAAUGACGUGGAUGUGGUUCUGAAGAUAGACGAGACAGAGCGCACCAUGAACAUCAUCAUGGUGACGGUACCCCUGGUCCUGGUGCUGUGCAUCUUGGGAUUGAUCUACGCAAUUAUUAACACACUACAGAGGAAAGGAGCACCCAAGUAUUUAGUUCACUGCAAACGUUCACUGCAGGACUGGGUUUAACCUCUCAGAAUGACCCUCGAUCCCUGUUCUGCCCUUUCAUUUCACACGUCCAAAAACUUUGCACACACAAAACACCACCAUAAACAUGCUUACAGACACACAUACAUACAGAUACUGACACACAUCAUGUUCAUCUUCACCCUUCUUUUCCUUUCCCAUGGUGCUCUCCUAACAUAUUGACUAGUCUAUUUAUAUCAGAAAGUUUGCACAUUGAUUUUUUUGUUCAGUUUUUCUUUUAAUAUUUUCUUUUCUUUUAAAUUAGUUGUUUGUGGGUUUUUUCUUAAUUUCUAAUUUUAGGAUGUCACAAUUAGUCAUCUGCAAUCACAGCAUGAAUGAUGAACAGGAAGUCUUGCAGAGCAAAAAGAGAGGAAAAGGAAAGCGGAGAAAGGAAUAUCUCUCUUAGGAAUAUUUCUGCAUCCAUUCACCUUUUCUCAGGACUCUCAGCUGUGGUUUUCCAACUGACCGGGCAAGUCAUAAUAUAUCAUCAUAAAGACUGUAAGGACUGUGGCCACUUGCAUUAUAACUUGCUGAUAAAAUGUUGAUAUACAGUGGGCUUCAAACGUCUGAGACCACACGGACAAUCUGGGAUUCAAAAUCUAACUGAAACCUAAAAAUAAAUAGAAAGUUUUUAGGAUUUUUUUUUUCUUCAUUUACAUUUUUUAUUUUUUUGUUCAUACAGCUUGAGUGAAGAAAAUCAUGGUAAUUUUUUUUCAGCUCAAAUUGUUAUGCUAAUAAUAUUUUAAUAUAGAAAGCAUUUAUUGCGUAAAAAAAAAUAUUACAUUAACCUUUUCUACUAUAGGUCUCUGACUUUUCGACACCCUCCUUUUUGGAUCAGCUAGACCUGGUUAACUGAACCAGUAACUAAGUCCAGUUGCAUUUGGCUGAGUUUUACCUGCUAUUUGUUUUGAUGUUAUAAAAUAGGGACUUUUCUCUAAAUUUUGCUACUGCGAUCAUAACAAAAAGUCAUAUUUUAUUGCCCCUUGUUUUAACAACUGUGCCUUGGUCGUGCCAGCCAGACAUGUUUUAUGUGGUUCCGUCCAUAUUUUUAGAGCCCUCCUGAUUUCUUCCUUGCAAGCUGAAGUGUUCUUAUCUCCCAAAAGUCCCACGACACUGUGGCAAUUAUACAUUUUAUUGUCUGAGAAACAUAACACUUAGGUUGCUUUCAUUUAAAGGGUUUGAAAAAACUUGAGGCAGUGAGCAAGAUUUUAAUUUGCUGCUUGCAUAUUUAUAUAACAGCAUUUUCAUAUUUUCAUUUGAUUGAACAAAAGAGCUAUAAAAUGAGUACCACUAGUGUACGUACACCAAUUUGAAACUCCAUAUAAUACACUUGAGAAAGCUUCUCGGGCCCAAUUAGAAAUAAAAGCCUUAGUGGGGCCCACUGUUGUAGGGGAUGUUAGGUAAUAGUCUAAUUUUAAAAACAGCAGGAGGUGAAAGCCAUUGCUAACCUCUUUCUACCCCAACCCAAAGCUCUCCCUACUAAAGAAAUAUUACUUGCAUUGACAUAGGUGGGCUUAAAUGAGAGGGAAAGAAGCAGGGAUAACUGUGAGUUCAAAAGAAAAGGGUUUAGACGCAGAAACCUUAUAUCUUAAGUCUUUGUGAAAGGGCUUAUGGUGUGUUAGUAAGAGUCUGAACUGGAUUGUAUUACAGUGAUGGGAUAUUUCAGUGGUGGGGGUGUAAUAAACAAGCAGGAGUGGGAUAAACCCAAAGCAAGCUCCCUCUAGAAGGCUGAAACGUACUCAUACGCAAGUAUGUGGACGUGUUUAGUUACAGUGCCUCAAUUUUAUGUUGCAUCCUCAGCAUUUCCACAAGGGGCGCUAUAGCAUAUAGUAGCAUAAAUGUAAAAGUAAAUUCAUUUCCAAAUUGGAUCUUCUGUGGCUAGAUGUUUUCUUCAAGCCUCUUACUGUUAGGCAACAUUAGUUUGAAGCGAAUCUUGCUGAGCAAGUUUAGGUUAGUUAAACUCUCGACAUGUUUCUAGCUAGCUACCUGAAUAAAGCUUUCAUUAAUACUUGACAUUAUCACCUUACCUUGAGUACUUGAGGUUUGAAUAUGAACGUACAUUAAGUAUAUCUGAUGAGACGGUCCACUUGAAGUGCAUUGGCCUAGCAUUCACAUCUGCUUCAGCAUACUUGCGUAGAGUAUAUUUUUGGCCUAAGCUUGAGAUGCUUGGUAGAUAGAGUGUGUAGCAAUAUCAUCCGUACAUGAGAGCUUGCUGGCACACAAUCUCAUGGCCCACAUUGCCAGGGUCCACUGCCAGUUAUUUUUGGAGUGCAUUCCUUGACCAGCAUCGGAAACAGGAUCCCUGUUUCAUUCACGACUUAUUCAUGCUGAUGUGAUCUACUAGGCAAAGUAGACAAAUUAGGCAAGUUUCCUAACAUGUAAGAUAUAACCGCUGUCAGGUAGGUCUGUGUUUGCUUUCUGUGGUGUUUGCUUAGUCUAGUGUCUAACCUACAUAAACUCAGCUAGUAUACUCGGACACAGAAAGCAUUAAGAAACAAACCACCGCCACUUUUUAAAGUGCCUCUGACAAAAUCUCAGUCAUUUACUCUUCACAAUCAGCGAGAGAGUUUCUCCUUUUGCACUGGGAGAGGCAGUCAUAGAGGACAGAACGAAAGUGAGUGGUAUUAUAAAUAUUGCCCUGUCAGACAAGGUAGAGCAAAAAAGCACUUUGAUAAAUAUUAUUGGAAGAGUAGAGGAGACAAAGGACAGUCAUGAUCGGAAUGCUGUCACUGAUGAAUCCCGCUGAAUAUCGUUGCCAGGCGAUCCGCCCCUCCUCACAGUGCUCCUGUCGUCCGAGGAGAUUUGGAGGAGAGUUAAUCAGACAUAAAAGCUCUUCUGUCCCUCCCCCGACGCCCUCUACCUUCUCCUCCAGUCACCCAGAUCAAUGAGGAAUACAUAAACAAGCUUGAAGGAUAUCUGAAACGCUCACUCUCAGGGGCUCACUCAGGCCUUAUGGCUGUCUUAUUCCCACUUUAGUCCAUUCUUUAUCUGAUUUUCACACUCCUUUAUGGCCUUUUUCCAUAAUUAGUCACUUUUACAAGGUAUUUGCAUAGUAUUUUGGAAAGACUUUAGUACCACAGUAAUAACAUUUUUGGACAAAACCAAAUACAGUGGUAUUCUUUGAAGUAUUUUGGAAUUAAAAUCAUACUGAAUCAUGUAUGGCAUUCAAGGCCAGAUCAUGGUUCCUUGAGACCCCUGAGCAUGUAUCUUUGGAGCCCCAUUCCUUCUAGUUCCACCUCUAUUGGUAGACUGGAUUAGGCAACAAAAUAAGAGAACACCAUUUGCUAGGAUAACAUUAGGUGACAAACAACAGUAGCAAAGGGCUGUGGUGAUCCAAUGGGAGCUGAAAGGUCAGCAAAUGCUGUUUUUGCUAAGGUGACCAGGGCCCUAGCUCCUGAGAGGCCAUAGUGGUCAGUUCACUCUGUAUGCGGUGAGGGGCCUGGAGCCUUAGUAGUCAGAUCGGUCUGUAUUCGUCAAGGGGCUAGGGGGCCCAAUUGUAAUGUCCUACUGUAUGCACAAGGUUUCCAGGGGCCCUAGCGAUCAUGUCCCACUUAAUUUGUUGGGUAGCCCAGGGUCCUAGUGGUAAUGUCUCACCCCAUGUGCCCGGGAGUCCAGGAACUGCUGGAUAGGUUGUGACCUUGUGGUUCUGUCCAACUGUAUACACUGGGGUUCUCGGGGCCCCAGUAGUCUUGUAGCAGUGUAUGGGCCCUAGUGGUUAUGACUUACUGUAUGCGCCAGAUGGUCUGGGGCCCUAAUGCUCAUGUCCCACUCAAGACCCUACUGGUAAUGUCCCACUGUAGGCAGGGGCCCUAGUGGGAAUGCCCAAUUGUAUACAGGCAGGCCAUAAACAUAGUGGUUAUGACUUUCUGUAUGCACCGGAGGGUCUGGGGCCCAGGGCCUUAGUGGUCAUGUCCCACUAAAUGCACCGUUAUGCCAGGAGCCCUAGCAAUCAAGUUCCACUAAUGUGUUGGGUAGCCCAGGGCCCAAGUGGUAAUGUCUCACAUCAUGUGCCAGGGAGCCCCGGAAGUGUAGUGGUCAUGUUCCACUUGAUGUGCUGGGUAGGUUGUGGCCUUAGUGGUUUUGUCCCACUGUAUACACUGGGGAGUUUGGUGCCCCAUAGCCUUGUCACAGUGUAACUGGUAGUGUCCCACUUUAGGCUGGGGCACUAGUAGGAAUUCCCAAUUGUAUACACUGGGCAGGCCAUGAACCUAGUGGUUAUGACUCACUGUAUGCACCGGAGGAUCAUGUCCCACUGUGUGCACCCAGGGGCCUGGGGCCCUAGUGGUCAGCUUGAUCUACCGAGACUCAAGUAUCCUUUGCAGUCCCUUUGGCAAUCUUUCACACAGCGGUCCCUGGAAACUGGUCCCACUGGUACAGUCCUGGGUUAAAUAUACAUCUGAUACAUUCACUGUAUCGUGGUAUCAUUGUGGUAAGGUUGUAAGGGCACUAGUUUAGAAUGCAUAAAAGUUUAUUACUUAGUAUGUUUGUUUCUACACAGAUUUCUUUAGUUAUUAUUGUUUUCAGAGACGAUAAGGGUGACUAAACAAAAUUAUGGUAGACAAUGACUGAUGAAUAAUCAAAACAGUGUUUAAUUGUUAGUAUGUGAUACUGUAGAUUUAUAGGUCUAACAUUUUCUCCGUCAUCUCGAAUCAACUCUUGGCCAAGUUUAGGACUGGCUCUUAUAACAAUGGCCCCUCUCUCUUGCUUCAUUAUUGUCCUGCACAUUGCUUCUGGCCAACAGGAAGAUAGACUGGGCCCUCAGCCAGGGCCAGAAAGCUUCCUCCCACCAAGCCUCACACUAGCAGUGCAUACUAACAGCAGCCUCUGUUCAGAAGGCUUUUGGUGUGAAUCGUGGACGUUGACUGUUUUGGUCACACCGUUCUCAAAAACGCAGCUCAGGAACACUGCUACUUUAUGUCUGACCACCCAGUGAUGCUACAUAUGCAGAGUGAAUUCUCUCUGUGUCUGUGUAUAUUCUCCUGAUAUAAACUUGAGCUCUGAUCAGAGGUGCCUCUAAGAACAUCCCUCCACACCAUUUAUUAACCAGCUGCAGUUAUUUGACUGCAAUCAUUGUUGACUUACUAAAUAAGUAGCCAAAAAAGGCUGAGACAAUAUGUUAUCUUCAUCUUUGUGGAAUCAGCUGAGUAGAAUGUGACAGUGUAUUUGCCUUUGUCUGCAUUGUUUUGUGACAAGGGUAGAUUCAAUAUCAAAUCGACCUGUUGUGCGACAAUGCAUCUAGGCAAUGCACACUGUCCUGAAGGGAAUCUUAAUAAGCCUUACAAAAACAUGCUGUUUAGAACUAGACAAAGCAUUUUCAGACAAAAAUGUAGUAGCAAAUCACUAACAUUUAAAGCAAUGCUGUUAAUGUGCACAAAGUUGUGCUGCAGUGUUUUCUUAAACACCUCAUCAUCUUCAUUAAUGGUGGUAAAAUUAAAUUUAGUUUAAUUAUAUUUUCAGUUCAUAUUUUUUCUUAAUAUCUUAAAUUUGGUCAUUUUUUUAAAUUGUAAAUAGUACCUUUUCAAUAUUUUUCAAUACAUUUGUGUGUGGGUUUUUUUUUGUUUUGUUUUUUUUGAGAUUUUUACCUUGUUAAUAACAUUCCAAUUUGUGUUUUUGAUUUUCUUCUUAUGUAGAAACUGAGGAUUUUAUACAUUUGUGUUUGUUCACAUCUUCUGAGUGUGUUUAACAAUCCAUGCUGGACAUGUAAACAGUAAUAAAAGAAAAAAAGAUGUUAAAG